AUGAAGCGACUAUACUUCACGGAGAGUGCAGUUCUGUUCAUAUGCAAUCAUGUGCAGGAAUACGAAGGCUUUCAGCGUUGCGUAUCCGAAUCCGAAGUCUAUCUAUUGGAGGGUACACUGAAUCCACGCGCAUUAGGAGGCAGCAGCGACGGAUUUAAUGAGCCCGGCGAGAUCAUGCAAUUACUUCAGCAAUAUUCAGCUCGCGGACUCAGUCACGACAGUGAUGCCAUGAACGCCAUUCUGGGCGUUCUGAACUACCAUAACAGAAAGAAUUCUUCCGUCCAUACGUUGUGGGGACUACCAUACCGACCACCGCCAAUCGGGCAUGGCUACAUCUGUAUAAACUGGAAGCACUACAGAACAGCCAUGAGACGACCGGAAUAUCCCAGCUGGACGCCACUUGGCUGGGCCGGUAGUGUCAAAUUUGCAGAUGUUCUCCACCAACUUGAUCUGUCAGUAAAGGAUGCUGACAACCUAAGUAAUCCGCUUCUGAAUUGGUCUGAGGGUGAGCAUCGCGUAACGGACUUUCAGCAUAUACAAAUCACCGUCAAAGUCCUCCCGUUUCCGGUGGUUAACAUAACGCGUUCAAAACUCGUUCAGACGUGGGAUUGGGGUCCUUCCGAGCGCGAAAGAUCAUUCCUGGUACUUGCUAUCGGCACCGCCUUGGGAAAUGGCGGUGACAUCAAACUUUACAUGCACAUACACUGGGACGUCGAACUCGGUGAGGACUACGACAGCAAUCAGAUAACAUGUGCGGUCACUCACGACCAGAAUCUCAGAUACCUGUCGAUAAUGGUACUGCGAGACCUCGGAACUCACUACGAACGUCUAGGAAUCGCGUUGGCCAAUCCUGAGCCCGGGGACACGGGCAUCAUCCAGGCGGUAGGAUUAGACGAGCUGAUCGCCCCUACUACCGGAAUUCAGACCUUGAGUGCUGGUGACACCCCAAACGUCUACUGGCGAGAAUUGAAGGGUACCUUUGAAGAAGAAUUGGCUUGGAACCGGUGA